ACAAAAGAGCGAGAGAGACGGGAAAAAAAAAAUCCAGUACUGAUCCCGAUCUCAAUUUUAUCUUGCAAAAUCUCGUUCUCAAUUUCUGCAUUCUACAAUUUCUCUUUUCCCUCUCCAACAUAUUCCUCUAUAUUCUUUCCCUAUCGUAUAUUUAGAUUACAAGGGUUCGCUAUGGAUCUCGGCUGCUUGGACUUGGGUUGCGUCUCUGUGUCUGAUAAGCAGGGCAGCACCCGGGCUGCCGUUUCUAUCUCGGAUGGCAGAGACGACAAUGUAAGCGAGAAUACCACCGCGAGGCCGAAGAUCGGAAAGAAUAAAUUGCUGAAAGAGACUGGGCAACCAACAUCAAAUGCUCUUAACAAAUUUACUUCACAAAUCAAGAAGCCACCUCACCGUAAAAGUUCUCCUCUCAACUGGUUCCCGAGGAAAAAAGUGGACUCCUACUUAAAGAGGAAAAUAAAAAUGCUGCAGGAAGUAGAUGGCAUGAAUUUAACACUUGAUGAAACCCUUGGUGAUUCUAAUCCACAUUACUCAAGAGUCCUAAGAGAAAAGAUGGCAACAAGAGAAGCUGCACACAAGGCAAUGGAGGCUCGAAAAGCUGCUCUGGUGGAAGCAUCUUGGUGUCGAAUACUACAUGCAGCUAGGAUCCAAAGCAAAGAGGCAGAAACCCAGUUGCUGAAAGCAGAGAAAUCUGCAGCUGAAGCUUUUGAAGCAGCAACAGCCAUAGGAGUUACCAUGUAUGACAUACCGAAUUGCCCGCGGAAGCCUUGUCAAAUAGAGACAUCCUCUGUUGAUGGAGGAGGAUCUACAACUUAUAAAGUUUCAGCAUCUUUUGAAACUGCGUUUGAGGUGGAUAAAGGAGUAGCUGCAGCAGUCAAAACUGCAUUAACUAGGCUUGCAAAUUGCGCCACUUUCAAUAAAGAUGAAUUUAAAGAACUUCUACGAAAAAUCAGUCAGAACCCAGAUACAGGUGAAAAUAAUCAGGAACUAUCAGAAUUUUCUUCGGAAUGUGAAUCUGAGUCAGGGUCAGAACUUGAAAAUGCAUCUCAAAAUGAUGGCUUUAGCGCUCAAGACAUUGACUGUAAGCUGCCAGUUCCAGAGAUGAGGCAGAGGAAAAACAGGAGAAGACUAUCUUUAGAAAGAUUUAAUUCAACAAAGCUUGUGGAGAUGAUGCUUGAGAGGCUCAGAUGUUUGCAAGAAGAUGAACUUUCUUCUCUUGCCACUAUUGUUGCAACCUGUGGUUUAAAUGCUGCCUUAGCUGAAGUACAAACCAGCAAGCUGCAUGAUCCAGACUCUGCUGAUUAUAGCUCCACUGAGGCACAUAAUUAUGCGCAAAGAAUCUCUUCUGUGGAAGCAGGAAACCUUGAGUCUUUCAUGGAUGAACAUAAAAGAAGGAAGCAAGUUGACUCAGAACUCCCAAGUCUUGACAAGUUUUUGGUUAAGCGCAUGUCGAAACUUGAAAAAGAGGUUUGGGAAGCAAAGAAUUGCAGAAGGAAUGAGUCCAAGGAAGGAGGAAUCAAGAAUAAUUCUUGUACCAUUGAGAAAGUGCUUGAAGAGGCAAAUGAUAAAUCAGGAAGAGAUUUUGAAACGAACAGUAAGAAGUUGAACAGUGAUAGAACUUCAUCUGAGGCUGUUCCUGAUUUGGGAACUAUACUAGUUAAGCGUUGCUCAAAACUAGAAAAGGACAUUGAAGAGUCCAAAAGGAAUAAUGAAAAAGCAUUUGAAAUGAAGGGCAAAAGACUGAGAGGAGGGCUAAAUGUGGUUGGUGGUCAGACAAGCCGGGAUGUUUCGGAAGUUCCAAGCUUAGAUAAGUUCCUAGUGAAACAUGUCUCAAGACUUGAAAAAGAGGUCCAAGAAGCAAAAAACAGAAGAAAAAAUGAACCGCGUAGAGGCAGGUUAACUAUCAGGAAGACAAAAGUUGACUCCUUUGCUUCAGAUGAACAAUUGGAGAAUAUUCUAUUUUCUGAAGGAGUGGAGGAAAAAGAAAAUGCUGACUUGAAUAAGGAAGUUUUUAAAAUUUAUGAGAUGGAACAAAAGAAAUGUAAUGUAGGUGCCGGUGAGUCUUCAUUGCAGAUUGGACAAGUAAAUCUCAGAGCUACAGAAUCACUCCACCAUAAGAAACAGGCAGGAAACAAUGUUACAGAUUGUGAGAGCUUAGACAAAAUUUUAGUUAAGCAUGUCUCCAGGCUGGAGAAAGAGAAGAUGAGUUUCAGUUCAAAGGAAGAAGUGGUGGAGGUGAAGUCGAGUGAAACAAGAAGUCGUUUGCAUAUGAAUUACGAAGGUGGUCUUGACCAAGUUUUGGUUAAGCAUAAAUCAAGACUUGAGAGAGAAAAGAUUGUUGCAGCUCAGCAACCAGAUCACUGGAUUAGACCCUCUGUAGCUCGUAGAGAAGCAAGGGAGAGAGAGUUGCAAGAAGCGUGGGGAGGAAUAAGUUUAGGGAACUCCAUGAAGCCCCAUCUCUCGAAACUUGAACGAGAUAAGGCUGCUUGGAUUAAAGCUGAGGAAGAUGAAAGGAGAAAAGAUAUGAAGGGCAUGUAGCUUCUUUUAUCCAUUCUCAUUUUUGUCAGUGUGUGUGGACUUCGCUACUUUCAAAAUCCAACCAGCUUUUCAUUUUAUUUUUUAUAUUCUUUUCAAUGAUCUUUGUUGAAACUGCUAUUGAAGUCCGCAUGAUUCAAUUGCUUUUUUUUUUUUUUAAUGUCAAUAGUGCUCUUGACAUCUGAUUUAUGCAAAUAUAUAUAUGC